AUGGCCACCACCUCCAGGACCGAGCUGCUUGCAGCACUCGACGACGAGCUGGAGCUGGAGCUCGAGGAGGAGAGCCUACGCCGCGCGCUGCGCCAUGAAGGAGCUGUUGGGGGCCCUGGUGGAGCCGCUGCUCAAGGCCGCGGGGUCGAGCGAGCAGUGAGGGCCUGGAGCUGCAGGGUUGGCGGCGGGCCUGAGCUCUAUCGCGCGCGCCGUUCCCUGCACUCACUCACUAUCUAUCUCCCAGAAGGCACCGCAGACCCCGCUGCCAAGGUUGCUGCCCGGUGGCGGGCCGCGGAGACCCUCAUUGAGGCCGCGCGCGAGCGUCGGCGCGACGCCAUUGAAGGCUGA